AUGGUGAAGGUGAAGAAAUUGACGCAGAAGAUUGAGGUAGAUCCAAUGUCUUCUUCUACUUCGCCUUCGCAACCGCAACCGCAAGGAGCGAAGCUGAUUCCUCCUCAUGAUCUCCAUCUCAGUCUUGUCCUUGGUCCCCUCCCUGUCGGUGCUUGGGCUUUUAUCGACUUAACCGCUUCAAUCGUACUGCAAAUGCUUCCUUUCUCAACCGCUUUUGCCACUUUCACCAACGAGCUUAUUUGGCUAACCGCGAUUUCCUUCUUCUUCGCUCGUGGGUUCAUCAAAACGGAUCUUCACGAUAGAAUCUCUACUUAUUUUGUGAAAUGGCUUGGAAAAAGCACUUUUACUUUAUCUUGUGGUCUUGCGUUCUGCGAAACGCUUAUGGGUUUGAUUAUACCGUCUAAAAUGGCAAGGGCCGGUGGCGUUUUCUUGUCGGUCAUCAAAUCUCAAUCUCUCUUUGUCGGAAGUAAACUUGGUGACUCAUCUUCCAGAAAGUUAGGUGCUUUUCUAAUUCAAUCCCAAUUACAGAAGAAGAUUAGAGAGCAAAAAAAGAUUAAAGCUCGCACUGCUGAGAAACGAGCUCUAGCGCUUCACUAG